CAGUUGACACAAUUUUCAAUUUUGUGCUUUAAAAUGCGUGUAUGUGCUAUAAAUGUGUGCAGAAACUAUAAGGGUCGACUAAAAACGACACACAAGGUCACCUUCCAUGCGAUACCAACUGAUCCUGUUAUAAAAAGUAAAUGGAUAGACAUUAUUAGAAAAAGCCGAGGAGAGGAUUACUGGAAACCGACAAAAAAUACAGUGGUCUGCUCUGAUCAUUUUCAUAAUAAAGACAUUUAUAUAAAAAAUCAAACAGGACCCCGAAGACUGAAAAAGGGAGUGGUACCGUGCAAAGCAUUAUUCUUAUUCCCAGCUACGUCUGAAGGAAGCGCUAGCUCUGACGAAGAAGCAGGAGAAAUAAAAGAUGGAUAUACCAAACGGCCGGCAUUGCACAGCAUAUUCUUAUCCUCACCAAAUUCUCAAGGUAGCGCAAUCCCUGACGAUGGAGAGGGAGUAAUAAAUGAUGGAUUUACCAAACAGCUGAUGCCUUCCACAUCAAAAAAAAUUGAAAACAAUAAUUCAGAAGCAGAUGACCAACCGCUUUCUUCUGCCGCGGGAACUUCAACCGACGUAUUAUUUCCUUCUACUGCUAAACCUUCAAAAGCCUUGACGGAUAUCGAAGAUUUUUCAGACCUGGACUCUGUUUUUGAUUCCCCUCAAGAAGCCAAGUUGCGAAAAGAGUUGAGAAAAAAAACUGCGCUACAAAAAAAACACAUCCUUAAAAUUCAAUGCCUCCGACGAAAAAAUUUGCGACUGCAAAGGAAACUUGCCUCGUUUAAACAAAUAAUCCAGACUUUAAAAAAAGAGAGAUGCAAUAAGGAAUAAAGAGUGACCACCAAACAUCACAACACCAAUAUUCUAUUCUAUAUAUGUAUAGGUAUACAUCUAUAUUACCAACACCAUAAGACAUUGUUAAAUAAAUAAGUUUUUUUGGAAAAAAUAA